AUGGUCAGUCUCAGGAAGAAAGUGCGUGAUCUGGAGUUGAAGGGAAGGAAGGAUUUCGACCCAGAGGACGAUUCUUUCCGCCGCCCAGACGAAGACGAUUCCAAGGCCGAAGAGGAGGUGAACGAUGACAUUGGACGCGAACAUUACGAAGCCGUCGGGAAGAGUAAAUUGAGAGAGCCUUCACGGCCGCCAACUCUCGAUGCAAAAUAUGGUGGAGUCGCGGUCAGCCGCAAAGCACUCGACGAAGAGGAUGAAGACGACCCAUUUGCGCCAGUCGAUCAGUCGGAGGAAGAUGACCCCUUCGCAGCAAGCGACGAAGACGCUGAUGCUUUGAACGAAGCUGAUGACAUCCCCGACAAUGUGGACCUUGAGGCGGAAAUAGACGAGAACAGCGAGAUCGACAGCGACGAAGCAUUCGGUGAGAGCGAUCAAGAACGUUUCAAAGAUUUCAAGUUCAGAGCCAGCAAGAAGAACCGCAUUGAGGCACAGUCCGAAGACGAGAUCUCAGAUGAAGAGCUGGAGGAUAAUGACACAAACGACUCCGAAGAGGUCGCGACCGACAAUACAGACCUAGACAUGGACGAUGAGGACGACGAAGAGGAAGAGGAAGAGGAAGAUGACGAUUCCGCCUCCUCGACCGGUGCACCGUCCAAAACAGCCCGCAAUGCCGACCGGGAAGAACUCAAGAAAGCCGCAUUCUCGACCGCUGGACUAGCCUCAGCGCUUUCCGCUGGGGCAAACGCGGACGUGCAAAAAGGCAAAGCCGUCAAGCAACAGCGACAGACAUUCGACCGCCUCCUCGACUCCCGAAUCAAACUGCAAAAAGGCAUCACAGCCAUGAACGAGAUCACCGAAAUCACACUCACUGACGACGAGAUCAAAGAAGCCGCCCAACAAGCCGAAGCCGCCGCCCUGGCUUUGUGGUCCACUAUCGACGCCAUCCGCCGCACGAUCCUAUCAUCAUCCAAGCCUGACUCUGAAUCUGACCAUUCGUCAAGAAAACGACCAUUCACCGCUACACGCUCCACAUCAACAGAAGAGCUAUGGCAACAAAACUCCUCCUUCGAUGCCGAUGUCCACUCCGUAAGACGCACGACCCUAGACAAAUGGCACGCCAAAACCCAGCCCGUAAUCGACACCGCGCCACGAUCUAAACUAUUGGGUUCUUCGCAUUCAAGAUCGCGCCUUACAGACGUGUUGGAUACAUAUCUCGCGACUGAGUCCACGAAAACGAGUACAGCAAGCGUCCCAUCACCAGGCACGUUCGACGACGGGCCGUUCUAUCAGGCCCUCCUACGCGAUCUGAUCGCGAGUCGCAGUGCGAACAGCACCGCGACGACAGAACCGUUCUUGCCGACGAAACUGCAUGUAUCGGGAAGUAAAGGCAAAAAGAUCGAUACGAAGGCCUCGAAGGGCCGGAAGGUCAGAUACACUGUGCAUGAAAAACUAGAAAAUUUCAUGGCGCCAGAAGAUCGAAGUACGUGGGAAGAUGCGGCGAGACGGGAGUUCUUUGCUAGUUUGUUUGGGAACGCGGGAGCGUUGGAUGAAAACACCGAGGAAGCCGAGCAAGGCGAAGAUGCAGAUGGAGAGGCAGAAGUCGAAGCACUCAGACUAUUCCGGAGUUGA